GCUCCGGCCUGGGAGCGUGACCGGAAGCGGUAUAAUCCAGCCUGGUUUCCGGUCGAGGGGAUUAAAAAUGGAGGAGAUCGGCAUCUUGGUGGAGAAAACUCAGGAUGAGCUUCCUGCUCUCUCUAUUUCCAGACCUCAGACUGGCCUCUCCUUCCUAGUUCCUGAAGCUGAGGAUGUCGAGGAUCUAUAUAGCCGAUAUAAAAAACUCCAGCAAGAGCUGGAAUUCCUGGAGGUCCAGGAAGAAUAUAUCAAGGAUGAGCAGAAAAAUCUUAAAAAAGAAUUUCUGCAUGCUCAGGAGGAGGUGAAACGUAUCCAGAGCAUCCCACUGGUCAUUGGCCAGUUCCUGGAGGCAGUGGAUCAAAACACAGCCAUUGUUGGUUCUACCACAGGCUCUAACUACUAUGUCCGAAUCUUGAGCACCAUUGACCGUGAACUGCUGAAGCCCAAUGCUUCUGUGGCCCUACACAAGCACAGUAAUGCGCUGGUGGAUGUGUUGCCUCCUGAGGCUGAUAGCAGUAUUAUGAUGCUGACUUCAGAUCAAAAACCAGAUGUGAUGUAUGCUGACAUUGGUGGGAUGGAUAUUCAGAAGCAGGAAGUCCGAGAGGCCGUGGAGCUGCCCCUCACUCACUUUGAACUUUACAAACAGGUAUUCUAA